AUGCACAACAAACACAUAGACGCAGCUAGCAAAGUUAAUCACCCUGGUUGGUUAGGAUUUGUUAUGGCGUUUAUAGAGCGUAAUGUGUCAAGUGAUGGAAAGCGUGUGAUGAGUCUGCAACAAUUCAAGCAGUGGUUUAAGACAUAUUUCGACUCAAAUGGCGACGGUCGGAUCAGCAAAGAUGAGCUCCGUGAGGUAUUGAGGAUCAUCGGCGGAGUGUUUGCUUCGUGGAAGAGCAACAAGGUUUUGAAAUCCGUUGAUGAUAACCAUGACGGUUUCAUUGAUGAUAAGGAGUUGGUUAACCUUGCACAAUUUGCAGAAAAGCACUUCAACAUAAGAAUCACACUCUGA